UCCUUUAAUUUGAGCUCAGCUGCGGUGGGGUUCAUACACAAAGAGAGGGGGGUCUUCUUGUGUCUAAACCUUGUAAGGGAGAAGGAGAUCCAUUCGGAUUUUUUAACUCUUUGGGGCAAAACCUCACCAUUCCAAGGCUGGAUUUUUAAAUCUCCAGAACUCAAGGUUUUUCUUUUUCGAUUUUAUUUUUGUUCAGAACACCCAAAGGAAAGAAAAAGACAAUGGGAGCCAAGUUGACCAAGGAUGGAGUAGCUGUUGAGGGGAAAGCUGCUGCCGCCGACCCUACUGCUGCCAAAGCCAACGGCCAGGAAAAUGGCCAUGUCAAGACCAACGGUGAUGUUUCAGCCAAGCCCGAUGGGGAAGUAGCUGCUGCAGAUGGAAAUGGAGCUGCAGAACCAGCCAAGGAAGGCGAGGCCAGCACCGGAGAUGCCAUCGAGCCUGCUCCAGCCACCGAGGGCGAGGCCUCCAAGGCGGAGGGUGAGGCCACCAAGGAUGGCAAGAAGAAGAAGAAGUUCUCCCUGAAGAACUCCUUUAAGUUCAAGGGCAUUUCGCUGAAGAAGAGCAAGAAGGGCAGUGAGGAGGCCAAGGAGGAGGCCACCUCUCCCACAACUGAGGACAAGCCAGAGGAGAAUGGCCACACGGCUAAGGAAACCAAAGAGGAGACGCCGGCCACAGAGGCCAAAGAGGGCGAGUCUGCUGCUGCUGAUGCUGCCCCGGCACCCGAGGGAGAGACCAAGGCAGCAGAGGAGACCCCUGUGACAGAGGCUGCUUCUGUCGAGGCUGCCGCCCCUGCUGAGGACACGACACCUGCAGCCUCUGAGGGUGAAGCCAAGGCAGAGUGACUGCACCACGCAAGGGCACCUGAACUGAUUUUCCAAGAUUAAAAUAUAUAAAUAUAUAUAUGAGAGACUCGUGCCACGUUCUCAAAGUUAUAAACAAAACAAAAGAAGACGACAAAGGAUAUAUCACGUUUGCUGAUUCAACCACCAGUUCACUGCCUUUUAUUAGUUUAUCGACAGACGGAAUCUCACCGGGCCCUCUCAUGAUGAAAGCGUUGGCUUGUGUCGCCCCCUCCCCCUCAUGGUACACACAGGGACUGGCGUGUGGCGAAGGUAAUGGAUUGGAUGUGGAGCGAAUCAGGAAUACUGACUUAUUUUCCAAAUUCAUGGAGAAGCAUCCUUUUUAAACAGCGUGGCAGCCCUAUAACAUCUUUUAUUUCUUUCUCAUCUUUUUGGGAUCUAAACAUUGUCACCGUUGCGGAACGGUGUAGACCAUCUCCUUCACUCGAAAUGACUGUUAUAAGGACACAUAAAUCUUUCAAAUGAUCUUAUUAAUUUUUAAAUUCUACAUUCCUAUGUUUUACUCCCAAAUUUCAAGUAAUUUGUCAUGUAUAGAAAAGUGAAAAUAAGGAGGGGAGGUGGGAAACGAGCUAUGUCUUUGUUCGUGCAUUUCGAUUCUUUUUCUGGCUGAAACCACAUCAAGCUUCUUGAGUAUUGCAGUGUUCACAUUUCAGAGUUUAUGAUGCAGGGAUUGGGGUUGUGUACAAAAUGUGAGCUUUUUAUCUGCAAACUGUCUCUGUAAAUAUGUUUUGGCCAAUAUUUUUGGUUCUCUUUAUUUUGCUAUCGUUUGAAGAUGUUAAUGGUUUUAUUGUAACUUUUAAUAAGGGUAAAUAAAUGUUCGAUCCCCUC